GCGGGAUACUGUUGAUAACUUCGUUUAAUUUUUCUUAUCCGAGAAUUGGAAAUUAAACAGACUAGAAAAAUGGAAGAAAAAGAUCCAAACUGUAAUCCAAUUCAACCUUUAUUAGAGAAGGGUGAGGUGGCUGAAACAUUAUCACCUGUUCCAUCAGAAAAUGCCAUACAUCAGCCUGGUCCAGAAGAUUUUAAGAACUUUGAUAUUGUUCGAGCUACUCAGUAUGGAGUGUUUGAGAGGAUACAGGAGCUUGUUGAAGGAGGGUAUGAUGUUAACAUGAUGGAUAAAGAGAAUGUCAGUCUUCUACAUUGGGCAGCUAUCAACAAUAGAGUAGAUAUUGUCAGGUAUUUUAUGUCAAAGAAGGCAAUAGUUGAUAGAUUUGGUGGAGAUUUGAACUCUACACCUCUUCAUUGGGCAACAAGACAGGGACAUUUACCAAUGGUAGUUUUACUGUUAUCAUACGGAGCUGACCCGUCAUUGAGGGAUGGAGAAGGUUGUAGUUGCAUACAUUUGGCAUCUCAAUUUGGACAUACAUCUAUUGUAGCAUAUCUUAUAGCAAAGGGACAAGAUGUUGAUAUGUUAGACAAGAAUGGAAUGACUGCUCUCAUGUGGGCAUCAUACAGAGUGUUUGGACAUGACCCUGCACGUUUACUGCUGACAUUUGGUGCCGCAGUCAACAAAUCUGACAAGUUCCAGCAGAACACGCCCCUUCACUGGGCAUGUACGACAGGUAAUAAUGUAGUCGCUAAAUUACUGCUGGACAAAGGAGCAGAGCUUGAUGCCUUAAAUGCAAAGGGUGAAUCACCUUUAGAUAUAGCAGUACAACAGAAAAAUCCAGGCUUAGUGAGAAAAAUCCGAGAGCUUCGUCUAGAACGAGGGCUAGAUAUGCCUCAUUGCCUUAUCAAAUAUACCUCAAAUAAGGCUGUCCGCAGAAAGAUGAUGUUUAUUUUCCCAUUUAUAUUGCUGUUUGGAGUGGGUUUCAUACCAGAAAGCUCCCUGGCAGUCGAGAUAAAGGCAUUGUUUGCUGGGAUACUGUUUCUGUACUGGAGAACUUGUGCCUAUUUUUUCUUUGAUGAUCGUCUGUGGAUUAUAAUGCCUGUAGCUUGGUACCUGGCAACUAAACUGUGGAUGUAUACAACAUGGUUCCUAUACUUACAUCCAGUUGUUGAAGCUACAUUGUUACAAGAUGUUGUAUUCUGGAUAGUUAGUGUAUUGCUCACCUUCAACUUUUAUAAGGCAUGGAAGACAGACCCUGGCUUCAUUAAGGCUGAUAGAACAGAGAAAAUAAAGGGUAUUCUAGAAUUAGCCGAGACACAAUCAUUACAUUUACACCAAUUUUGUACAACAUGUCUGAUACGUCGACCCCUCAGGUCAAAGCAUUGUUCUGUAUGUAACAAAUGUGUUGCUAAGUUUGAUCAUCAUUGUCCAUGGGUAGAAAAUUGUGUAGGUGCCAAUACCCACAAGUAUUUUGUAUUGUAUCUUUUCUUUCUACAUAUCUUGAUAUGCUGGUGUAUCUAUGGAUGCAUAUGUUACUGGCAAGCAAACUGUGCACCAAUGAGUUUCUAUGAUGAUGGUUUCACAGGCAUAUUAUGGAAAGUAAUUAAACCGUCACCAUGGGUGUUUUGGAUCGGGCUCAACUCAUUUUUACACUUCUUGUGGGUAGGGGCACUCCUUCUUAGUCAGCUGUAUCAGAUAAUGUGGCUUGGUAUGACCACAAAUGAGAGGUUAAACCAGGCGAGAUAUUUCUAUCUUGACGCCAUGAGUAAACGUCGUAAGGCAGAGGGUAAAGCGCCACCUGGUGAUAAUCAUGGUCACUCUCAUGGUAUCGGGGACAAACACUGCUUCAAGGAUCACACCAAACAUGCCUAUGAGAAUCCUUUCCAUCGUGGAGUCUGCAAGAACCUUGUUGAUUUGAUGAACUGGAGAUGCUGUGGUCUAUUCCGCCCUAGUAGAAUGAAUUGGUACACCAUGUUUGAUAUCCCAGGGAAGGAAACCAACAAUCCCAGAAUGCCACUCAAUGUGCCACGUGAGAACUACCAAUUUGUGUAAAUCACUUUGAUCAAAUCCAUCCACCAACAUGGACAUUUUUCUACAGAUUUUUACAUUAGAAUUUCCUUUGUAUUUUAUACAUUUUUCUUAAGUUUUAUUAUUUUCUUAUCUGUGAUUUUAUUUUUUGUCUUGAGAAAUCAUUCAAAUUAAUUGCGAAAUGAAAUAAAUAUUAAUGGUUUGAAAGCUGUUUACGUGUGACAAAUGGUGUACAUGUAUAUAUAGAUUAUGUGCGUAAGAAAUUAAUUAUGAAUGUUAAGAAGAAGAAAGGCGGUAAGUUAUAUUACUGUAUGUUACACGUGUAUCAUAUAGAAGUUGUAUAUAAAAUUGAGAUAUAAUUUAAAAUAAUGUUAAAUUUGACAGUGCUGUCAAUACACUACACUUCAAGGCUAUUUUGAACCAAUACAUUAUAAAGGUCAAGGUAUUAGGUAUAUCGUUUUUAUGCUUGAAACUUUUGAUUGUAGUGUUGAUUUUGAUUAAAAAGUUGUUUAUAUUAAAAGACUUUAUAAAGAGUAGUUAUUUGUUAGUUGCAGAUAUGUUUUGUAUUUUGAAAUUAUAUUUGUUAUUGGGGCCAUAUUUAAUAACUUUUAAGUUAUGUUUUUUUUAUUUCAGUCCUCUGUAUGUUAAUCAUGUUAUAUUAAAUUAACAUUCUAACAUGAUUCACAAAAUACCCUUACGAAACAGAUAGGGCAAUCAAGUACAGAAUUACAUGAUAUGCACAGCAUAAAAAAACAAAUGUUUACACAACAUAUGAUAUGACAUCAGAUAUGAGGUCAAUAAACUAAUUGACAUCAAGAAAAUUACUUGUACGCCAAAUGUUGUUUAACAUACAUUGUAUUUUUAUCAAACCUCUUUUUUCUUAGCAUGUUAGAAUGGAAAUAGAUAUUAAUUUUUUUUGCAUUACAGCAUAAUAAUGCACUGUUUAUUGUUCAAAUAUUUUGUAAUUAAUUAUUUUAGCCUAUCGGCCUUUGUGAUUAUAUUCCUGCACAUUUAAACUCCAACCAUGCAUUAUUCUACAAUGCCCUGAAAAUUGCUAUCCACUUUCUAAAAAAAUAAUUAUACUUCAUUUAUAUUGAUAAAAAGAUUUAUUUUAAAAAUGGGGGAAAAAAAUGUGUACUAGUAAAAUCAUUUUGAAAAGGUUAUAAUUAUGUGAUAUAGUUUUAAGGUAAAUUAUUUAUGAUUUAUAGCAUUGUUAGAUUUUAUUUAUGUUGUAACUUAUUACUUUUUCAUAUUUAAUCAAGGAUAAAUAUCUAUUUAAGAAAAAAUGAAAAACAGUUAUAAUCUUUU